GGCGGGGGAGAAGGAGGAAGAGGCGGGGAGGAGGCACCAUCCCCGCGCUGUUCCCCGGCAGCUGGCGCGGCGCCUCCGCUGGGCGCCCCCGGCCGAGAUGGCGGCGCAGAAGAUUAACGAGGCGCUGGAGCACAUCGCUAAAGCGGAGAAAUAUCUGAAAACUGGAUUCUUAAAAUGGAAACCAGAUUAUGACAGUGCAGCUACCGAAUAUGGCAAAGCAGCUGUUGCUUUUAAGAAUGCCAAGCAGUUUGACCAGGCAAGGGAAGCCUGUUUACGGGAAGCUGAGGCACAUGAAAACAAUAAAGCUCUCUUCCAUGCUGCCAAAGCUUAUGAACAAGCUGGCAUGAUGCUAAAGGAGAUGCAGCGACUCCCUGAAGCAGUUCAGCUGAUUGAGAAAGCCAGCAUGAUGUACCUGGAGAACGGGACACCAGAUACAGCAGCUAUUGCACUGGAACGGGCUGGAAAGUUAAUAGAAAAUGUGAACCCAGAGAAGGCUGUGCAGCUGUAUCAGCAAGCGGCCUCAGUAUUUGAAAAUGAAGAACGUUUACGGCAAGCAUUAGAAAUGCUAGGGAAAGCGUCGAGACUUCUAGUCAGAGGGCGCAGGUUAGAUGAAGCUGCAUUGUCUCUUCAAAAGGAAAAAAGUAUUUAUAAAGAAAUUGAGAAUUACCCGACAUGCUAUAAGAAAACCAUUGCUCAAGUCUUGGUUCAUCUUCACAGAAAUGAUUAUGUUGCUGCAGAAAGAUGUGUGAGGGAAAGCUACAGUAUACCAGGAUUUAAUGGAAGUGAAGACUGUGCAGCGCUAGAGCAACUUUUGGAAGGGUAUGACCAGCAAGAUCAGGAUCAAGUUUCUGAAGUCUGCAACUUGCCACUCUUCAAAUACAUGGACAAUGAUUAUGCCAAGCUUGGUCUUACCUUGGUGGUGCCAGGAGGUGGAAUCAAGAAGAAAUCACCAAAUGCUGUACAAGACAAAGCAAGAGGACCAGCUGCAGCAGGCUCUCAUGCUGACGAGGAAGAGGAUGAAUAUUCUGGUGGACUAUGCUAGCUACAAACAUAGUUUGUUUUACGUAUCUGACUUAUUUGUGAUGUUGAGCAUAUCCAAAGGUACCAGAUUUACCAGAGCUUCAUUGCAAUUGUGAUAUGGAAAUGCUAAUAUUAACUUGGCAGCUUUUGGGUACAAUACAGGAGAAAAAGCAUGAUUGUACCUGUCAUCUUGAAACAUCUUUGGACUUUAUUUCUUAGCUGGAUAGAACUUCCUCAGGGCCCUGCCUUCAGUUGAUGGGGGGAAAAAAAUGAGAGAAUUUUUUACUAAAAGCAGUUUAAAAGAAACCAAAAUCCCAGAAGCACGGGAGUAGGGAGAGUGGUACAAGAUUUUAAAUGCUGAAUUUCAACAGCUGAUGCUUUUUGGUCCCAGUAAUAUGUUUGUGCUUGUUUCCCGAGCUAAAUAUAUGCUCAUGCAUCUGGCUGUUUAUCUCCUGUUUAACACUAUUUAAGGCAGACUGUGGCAGGCAGGAUUUUUCACUAGCAUAAGCACUAGGGGGAGCACUCAGUUUAUUUUCAGUGAGGUUUUACUCCAUGGGGGAAUAUUUAUUUUAAUACCUUAUUCUUUGCUAACAGUAUCCAUGCGGUUGUGGAAAAAUGCUAAGUCGACUAGUUUGAAGCUGUCUUGCAAGCUUUAAAGUACGUACACGUCUUCCAUCUUAAGAACUUCAUUGACCUGAAGUCUUUGGAAAUAAUGGUGUGCAUAGUGUUUGUAAUGUACACCCUGGGAAUGGGAUGAGAGCACAGUGUUUCUUACCAAUCUUUCUGAAGCAUGCCAUGACCAAGAAAAGAAACUGAAGGUAGCAGAUAACAUGCAUUGAAUAUAAAUCUCUGAAGACAGUGUUUAAUGAAAACUUAGGAGGAAUGUUUUAAUUAUAUGUUUGAGUUCGAGUGUUAUAGGUGUUUAUUUACUAAUCAAUAUGGUAGUCUACAAAGACAUUUCAUUGUUUCAUAUUUUCGAAAUAUAGAACAUGUCUCUUACAUAAUGUCUCUUACAGCAUUUUUCAAACUAGCUCAGAAUCCAAAGUAACCAAAUUUUUAUGUAUCUUCUCUAUUUUUAUUUGGUUUUAAGUCAUCAUGUGUUUUGCAAACUUCUGUGGCGUCUUAAAUUUAUUUGACAAUUUUUGGUUAAAAGUUGACACUGGAAGUAGUACCUGUGGUCUUUUUCUUCAGAAGAACCUAAUCAAGAUCUGCAGCAGUAUGAGAUCACUUGGAAUCCAGCAGGGAUUUGUGUGUGAUAUGUGCUCCCCAAAGUUCAAUAAACAGUAAGCCAGAAGCACAGUGUUAACUAUUGGUACAAUUUCUGACAUACUAGGGAACUGGAUGUCUUCAGAAAUGUCAAGCAUAUGUCUGACAUCAGGAUGUCAGGCAUAGUUGUAAUGAUGGUAAACUUUUAGUGAGUUAAUAUUCACUUGCCAAGGGGUGAAUACCACUCAGUAGCAUGGUGACGGGUGCGUAAUUUGGUGGCAGGGCUACUGGAAAAGUCAUGUUACUCAAUUUAAUGGGUGUUCAAAAAACAGUUUUGUCUUUGUAUUAUGUAAUAGUAACCUAACUACAGCUCUAUUUCUUUCCUAUCUGACAGGUAAUUUCCCUUUGCUAUUAAUGAUAUGUAUGGAAGUUUUUGCUCUUCUGUAAAAUAGUCUAAGAGUAAUUUUUGGAAGUGAGUUGCUUUUCUCUAAAAAUGAUUACAACUGUACCAGAAAGAUGGGUUUGAAGACUUUGCACUCACUCCAGUUUACUCCUGCCUUCUAGAUUUGUUCACGAAGGUGAGCAUGCACAUGAGAAGUCUCACAAGUAAAAAACAAAAAAACCAACCAAACAAAACCCCUGGCAUGUAAAGGAGCACCAGCAACACUAAUCUUCAAGCAUUUCCUGCUGCUUCCAAUUCUGAAAUCAGUUUUGUUGAAUGGUCUCGGGUAAUCAGCUUUUUUGUGCAUGUGAACAAUUCCAUAUAUCUAAGAAGAAGGCGUGUAAGAAGAAAUAGUGAGCCCUGUGUGUUUCUGUGAAGGAACUUGAAGGCUUUGUUUAAACUGUGCUUGUAAAACUAACAGGCCCUUAAAAUAAAAAUUAGAAUAACGGGUUAGAGUCUUAAAGCAUACUUUUCACAUUGCCAAAAAAAUAAAAUAAAAUAGAUGUGCAAGACUGCCUUCCCCGCUCCCAUAGCUUUUUUUCUCUUUUCCUUGUGCCAAUUGUGGAUAAUCUGGAACAGAAGUAACUUGUACUAAAUCUGUUAAGCUGCCAUUGAACGGAAAGGAGCUUCUCUGAAUCUUAGGACUAGAAUCUUAAUCUUUGAUUGCAA